AUGGAUUCAUCUUCCUUCUUCAACUCACCCUCUUCUGAUUUCUCCUCCGAAUCGUCCUCUCCGGAGGCCUUCUCCUGGGAAGGCUACCUACCCUUCAACGAGAAUGACCCGGAGGAGAUGCUUCUCUACGGCAUGAUCGCCGGCGCCACCACAGCCGAGCGCGCCGCCGACCGGGAGGGCUCCCAGGAGAGUGCAGCGGGGAGGAAGGAGAAGUCGUAUCGUGGCGUGCGGCGGCGGCCGUGGGGAAAGUUCGCGGCGGAGAUAAGGGACUCCACGCGGCACGGGACGAGGGUGUGGCUUGGGACAUUCGACAGCGCGGAAGCCGCCGCUAUGGCUUACGACCAAGCCGCGUUUUCCAUGCGCGGGUCCGCCGCGAUUCUGAAUUUCCCCGUUGAGAUCGUUAGAGAAUCGCUUAGGGAGAUGAACCACACAUUCGACAGCAAAGAAGAAGGUUGUUCCCCUGUUGUCGCUCUCAAGAGGAAACACUCCUUGAGGAGGAAAAUUAGCGUCAAGAAAAACAACAAACAGAGUACCGUAGACAAUGCGGUCGUGUUUGAAGACCUUGGUCCUGAUUACUUGGAACAGUUGUUGAUGUCCUCUGAUCAUAUUCCUUCCUCCUUCUGA